AUGUAUUGUGCACUUAGAUCCGGCUUUUCUAGAUCGGCUGGGAUCGUCGACAAAAUCUCGGUGAGCGGUUUGGUGGGCCACAGACACUUCUCCACCUCAUUUCAUUGGCUGGAACAGGAAUCUUCCGAGCUCAAUAUUCGUCCCCCUUCCAGUAGUGCUUCUGCAGACACCGCCGCCUCGUUAAACAUCCAAAUUCCUACAACGGAUUGUCUUGAUUCAUUCAAGGAUUCACAUAUUGGAAUCCCCGGUCUUGUCAGUAACAGAGUGUUUGAUGAUGUUUGGACCAAACAGACUGGUGUUAAACUAGAGGAUCUAAAGUAUGGAAUUUCGGAGUCUCCCAGCAGAGCAGACUUGGAGUCGUGUUUUGUUAGAGAUUCCUCAUCUUCCAGUCGAGCAAGGGCUGCUAAAGCAUUGAAUCCAUUUCUUAGAAAUAACAAAAGAUCUGGUGCAUCUUCAGCGUCUUCAAUAUUGGAGGACUUUACACUUUCCACCUCAAAUAAGGUGAUUGAUCAAUACUACAUACUACUAAAAAAGACUGCAAAGCAGCCAACAGAAGACUUUGUGUUUCAAUCAGCCUCUUCGAUCUACAACUUAUUCUAUUUCAUGUCCUCCUUGAAACCCAAUGAGUCUGAGAGUAACAAGUUUCUUAAAGAGCAGCUUAAAGAGGAAUUUUUAGCUACCCCGGAUAUUUCUGCAGCAAUAGAAAAUCAGCCUGCCCAUGGCGAACUUUCGAAAUGGAUUGAUAGAUCGUUCGGCUCUCUAGAAGAGUUCAAGACUUUGCUUCUAGCCUCAGCUAACUCUAUGAAGGGUAAUGGUUACACUUGGUUAGUUCAUCGAUUUAUUAAACCACAGCAGGGACACCAGACUAGAGAUUUAACUCGUUUCUCUUCAUUAGCUGUACUCAAUACAUACAAUAAUGGUACGCCGCAUCAGUUUAGAUCUGGCCAAGUCAGUUCUGCUAGAAGGUAUCAUGAGAAGCGGUCGAUGAUUGAGAACCAGAAAUCUGCGGAAGAGAUGUUCAAUAUGAAUCAGAUUGAAAUUCCGACAAUUGCUGAGGCUCAAGAUAGUUACGAAAUGUUUGAGUUCACCUAUGAGCCAUUGCUGGCAAUAGGUGUCAAUCCUUCUUUCUAUCUCAGAGAUUAUGGAGUGUUUGGAAGGAAAAGAUAUUUGGAAAAUGUGUGGAGAUGCAUUGACUGGUCCGUGGUUGAAGAAAGGUUUGCCAAAAAGUGA